UGUGAGUUAUUUAAGUAUGUAAGCUGUCAGAAUGAUGUAGGUCAGCGGGAGAUCCGUGAAAAACGACAUUACCCACAAUGCAGCAGCACAUACACACACACCACCAGCAGCACAGCCCUCGUCUCGCUCCGACGGACUGCGGUUUCCUCCCAUCCGUCCUGCAGGCGAGCUGCAGCCUGAUCUACACACACGUAUGAUGGGGAUAAGCAAGGAGGCAGCCGGCAUGCUUCCACCAUCCCCGUGAUGUGUAGAUCGGUGACAGGCCAGGCACUUGUUCCCACGUAUGUGAACGGCACCCCGGUGUAUUUGGAUGCAAAGUCAGCCCACAGACUGACAGCUCGGUGCUCGAAAUGUCACGUCGUUUUGGAGGAAAAGCCUGUUUGAUUACGAUGGAGCUCCGGACAGCUGGAUGAGCAGCACCGACAGGGACUCCGAGGAGAUUUUUAAUUUGUCUCUAAAAUUGGGUUACGGACCUUGAUGGUCACCUCUUACUCGGAUGCAACCACACGCCCAUGCGAUGAUGUCGGUGGAUGUUGCUGCCCUCAGUGUCCAGGUUAGGUUACAGUAAACGUUAAUUGUUUACGUAUUAAAAUAAAGCUGUUUAGCCUGUUUGGGGCGGAAGACGCAAGCGGGGACUGGAUACCUUCAACAUACGCGCAUAAUAAACAACCUUAUUAUUAUUAUUAGGCUAUAAAUGUCAUUAUAGCCUAUUAUUACUCGGAUCAGAGAUACUGUAAUGCUGCAAUGCCUCCACGCAAACCCUCGCUGAUAAUAUUUUUCACCUCAUUGCCACCGUGCGACGAUUUCUGUCUUUCUUAAAGAAGUCGCGGACAUUUAAUAAUCCACUCCUCCGCUACGAGGCUGUUUGAUUGAUCACCUGAAACUAUACCAUGCGCGCUCAGAAGGAAUCAGGAUAAUGAUAAAUGCUGGCAUCCCAUCUCUCUCUCCAGUGAACCAGAGUUUCUUCUCCAGCCGAGCCCUCGUCACCAUCACAAAUGUAGCCGAGCAGAGGCGACUGAACCAGGCCGCUGCACAGAGACGGAGGCGGGUUUGUUGUGCUCAGACUCGGCUGGAUGCUGAACAUGGUGGUGCCACUUUACAGCUGAAUACCUGCCGCUCUUGCUUGUUACCGCAAUUCCCCAGCUGUCUUAAAAUGGACGGGCCCUUUUUGAUAAAGGCUAUUCGGGGACGUUGAACCGGCUCAUGCAUGCAGGAUUUAGCUCGGACCGGCUUGUCGGGAUGUAGGGCGAAUAUCCACGGAUAUUUCCUAUCACAAUAUAGAGAGAAAACAGCCCAUAUUCAUGGAGAUGGCUGGCGGGGGAGGUGCAUCUACACUGGGCUGGAUGAGAAAUAAUGAGGACCCCUGCUCAGAGGAUUUCACUCAGAUCAAACACACACUGUGUUUCUUAUUGGCAGCAUAAAUAGCCCAUAUUCACUACUAAAAUUAAUCAGACAAUCACCUCUGAGUGUUUUAGGCUUUGUUGUGUCUGUAGCUUUUAGAGCCACUUCUCAAUGGGCUGAUACUAACUACAGUAUUUGUUAUGUUUUAUUCAUCAGGGCAAAAUAUUCAAAACUCUAAGGACAUAAUGAGUACAGAUUUGUUUUUGUUACGUUUAGAUGAACUCUGCUUAAUUAUGACAGCAAUGUAGGAAAUUGGUAGUAUAAUAAGUAUGUAACAGUUUUAUUAAUUGUAUGCAGCAAUUGAGAGACCAGUGAGAGGAAUAAUGUCUGAAUUUAAUUUAAUAACUCACUCACUGAGCAGGAACUCAUCAGACUGAAGGCGUCUGUCUUUCUGAAGGAUUUUAACACACCUGCUGUUUCUUUGAUAAACACAUAUUCAUAAUCUGUGGCAGCUUUUGAAAAGACACAGUUGUGGAAACAAUCAAUUAGGUUUCGGGUGGGGGGGGAUAAACUCAUGGAUCUGCUCUGCUGAAUGUCAUUGUUUGACCCGAUGUACACUGUCCCUGAAUGAACUUGCCUUUGGGAAUACAUGUUACUUACACACUGCGUAGCAACAGCACAGCAGCAACCGGUGACAGGAUUUGGCACAGUUUCAACAGCGAGAUGUGAUGGGGGAGAGCAGUUGCAGCUCUCUGAUCCUCUGAUCCCCUUUCCCCCUCACUGGUGGUCGAGGACACCUCCUCUCAGUCAAUGGGCCCUGUAUGGAUUUUGUGCCUGAGUUGACAGAGGGCAGGCCUACAGCGUCAAACAGCAGUCAGGCUGCCAUGAACCCAUACGGAAGAGCGAGAAGCACAGCAGCGCCCCUGUCCUGCACCAGCUGUGGGGGCUGCUGCUCCCCGCCUCCCCCUUGUCUCAUCCCCCCUGGCCCCCCCUCCUCUACUACCUCCUCCUCCUCCAUGCCCCCAAAUAUGACCCCUCCACCGCCGAUGUGUCCUGCCCCAGUCGUGCAGGUGGAGAAUGGCAGCAGCUGGAACUCCUCCACCAUCUCCUCCUCCGGCUCCCCAGACUCCCACCCCGGCCACCGCUGUGGGGCCACCAACCCAAACCCCUACUGGACGGCAGUGUUCGACUAUGAGGCCACAGCAGAUGAGGAGUUAACCCUGCGGCGCGGGGACCUUCUCGAGGUUCUCUCUAAAGACUCCAAAGUGUCUGGGGAUGAGGGUUGGUGGACGGGCAAGAUCCAGGACAAGGUGGGUAUCUUUCCAAGCAACUAUGUCACAAAGGGGGACGCUGCCAGCUACCAGCAGCUGGUGGCAGGCGGGGUGGGUGACUGCCCCUUGGAGAUAGACUUCUCUGAACUGCUCCUGGAGGAGGUGAUUGGAGCUGGUGGCUUUGGGAAAGUAUACAAAGGAGUGUGGCGGCGAGAGGAAGUAGCAGUAAAGGCCGCCAGGCAAGACCCUGAUGAGGAUAUUAGCGUCACAGCAGAGAGUGUUCGGCAGGAGGCCAGGCUGUUCUGGAUGCUCCGGCACCCCAACAUAAUCGCUCUCCGUGGGGUCUGCCUGCGGGAGCCCAACCUGUGCUUGGUGAUGGAGUAUGCCAGAGGGGGGGCUCUGAACCGGGCCCUGGCUGGAAAGAAGGUACCUCCGAGGGUUCUGGUGAACUGGGCUGUUCAGAUUGCCACAGGGAUGGACUACCUGCACAACCAGGCAUUUGUACCUAUCAUCCACAGAGACCUCAAGUCCAGCAAUAUCCUUAUUCUGGAGCCAGUGGAGCGGGACGACCUGAGCGGUAAAACCCUGAAGAUAACAGACUUCGGCCUGGCCAGAGAGUGGCACCAGACCACCAAGAUGAGCGCCGCGGGCACCUACGCCUGGAUGGCCCCAGAAGUCAUCAAGCUGUCCCUCUUCUCCAAGAGCAGCGACGUGUGGAGUUUCGGUGUGUUACUGUGGGAGCUGCUCACCGGCGAGGUUCCCUACAGAGAGAUAGACGCACUGGCAGUAGCGUACGGUGUUGCCAUGAACAAGCUAACACUCCCCAUCCCUUCAACCUGCCCCGAACCUUUUGCUCAGCUGCUGGGAGAGUGCUGGAGCCCAAACCCCCACAGCAGGCCCUCGUUCACCAGCAUCCUGAGGCGACUGCUGGCCAUUGAGCAGUCGGCCAUGUUCCAGAUGCCCCUGGAGUCUUUCCACUCCUUACAAGAGGACUGGAGGCUGGAGAUCCAGCAGAUGUUUGACGAGCUGCGGGCCAAAGAAAAGGAGCUGAGAUCUUGGGAGGAGGCGUUGGCCCGAGCAGCCGAGGAGCAGAGGGAGCAGGAGGAGCAGCUGAGGAGGAGGGAGCAGGAGCUGGCGGAGAGAGAGAUCGACAUCGUGGAGCGAGAGCUGAACAUCAUCAUCCACCAGAUGUACCAGGAGAAACCCAGCGUCAAGAAAAGAAAGGGCCACUUCAAGAAGAGCAGACUGCUUAAGCUGGGCAGAGACAGCAACUGCAUCAGUCUGCCCUCUGGCUUCGAGCAUAAGAUCACAGUUCAGGCAUCUCCCAGCGUGGACAAGAGGAAGACCCAGGGGAGCGAGAGCACCACCCCGCCCGCCAGCCCGGGGGUCAUCCCCCGCCUCAGAGCCAUCAGAUUGACACCGAGUGAUGGCAGUAAGACGUGGGGUCGCAGCGCUGUGUGCAAGAAGGAAGACCUGUCAGCCAGCAAGAAGAAAGGACGCACCUGGGGACCGAGCUCCACCCACCAGAGAGAGAGAGUCGGUGGGGAGGAGAAACUGAAAUCUCUGGGUGAGGGAUCUAAAGUUUGGUCGUCCAGUGCACCAAACCUGGGCAAGUCCCCAAAACAUGCUCCCAUGACAGCUGGCUUCUCCAGCCUCAAUGAAAUGGAGGAGUGCUGUGAGUUUGAGGAGUCACCAGGGUCCCUGCUGCCCUCAGAGACCAGCAGUAAUGGGGCUGUUGAGGACUCAGGGUCCUUGUGGAGCAGUCUGGGGCCCAACACAGUGCCUGCUGUUGGGGUGUCUAACACAAGCUCCUGUCAGGGGCCUGGAGGCCUGGGGACAGGGAUGAGCUACCAGGACUCGCUCCGUCGCUGCAGCCAGAGGAAGAAGAGUGACGUGUUGUUGUUGGGUUGUGCCUCGCUGCUUGCGUCUGUGGCUCUUGGACAAGACCUGCUGCAGCUGGGGAAAAUGCAGGUGCUUCAGGAUGAGCAGGACCUCCGAGAAGAGCAGCGGAAGAAGAAGGACGGUCUGUUCCAGCGGACGGGACGUUUCCGUCGCAGCACCUCUCCGCCCAGCCGAAACCUCUCCCUCUCCCUCUCCAGGCAUCAUGAUUCAGCGCUCCCCUGCCUUGACCCCUCUCCCUCUGUCACACUCCUCUCUUUGUCCUCUCUGUCUGACUGCAACUCCACAAAGUCCCUCCUUCCCUCUGACCCAGACGAGUACCCACUGACCCCGAUGAUGGGGGUCAAAACACCGGCGGCACCAGCAGCCGCUUCCUUAAACCCGCUGUUGGACCUGCGGGCGGAGAGCUUCAAGAAGGAGCCCAACCAGUCGCUCACACCCACCCACGUGUCUGCAGCCAUGGCCCUGAACAGGGGACACAGACGCACCCCGUCAGACGGAGCAAUACGGCCCCGAGCCCAAACUCUGGGACAUCACAGGACGCCGUCAGAUGGAAGCAUGCCCAUGCCUCCUCCACCCAGGGUGCCAAGCUUCACAGCUAACAAAGGUACGCAGGACACUCUGGACAUUCCUCGACUCCCUGACCCCUCCACCCUCUUCCCAAUCCCUCAUCGGCGUAAAGCCCCCGCUCCACCGAUCCCUGACCCAGAUCCUCUCUGCCUCAUCAGCCCCCUGGAGAGACCCAAGACGCUCGAGUUCGCCCCGCGGCCGCGUCCCACCCCUGUGAGGAUGAGAGCUGACCCCUGGAAGCUGGGCUCUCUCUCCCGGACCCUGAGCGACUCGCCGGGCAGCAGCUGCGACAGCCCCCUCGGAUCUGGGGACAGCAGCGCCAGCACGGCGCGGCCAAAUCUGAUGGACAUGGACGUGGAGGGCCAGAGUUCGGACCACACUGUUCCUCUGUGUGGACAGCUGCAGCCUGCCACUCUGUGUGGACAGCAGUACUCGUAGUGAGAAGCAGACGGUGAACAUUUCCAAGUUUUUGUAUACAAACCUGUUCCCAUGACACUAGGAGACAGUGAGGAAUGCCUACUGAUGUCUGAGCCGAGCGAGUGCACUCACUGAAGUUUGUUUGGAGGCACUUACUGGAAGCCAUCCCUCUCGUGUGCCCUUCAACCGAGUGUCCUAAUAAGCAAGCCUUCCCCCUGUAGUUCUCACUAACCUGCACGACACUGAGGGUCCACGAGUCCUCUUAAAAGCCUUGUAAUGUGCUCACCCACCUACCUUACCCACUUUCACCUUUAGGAAGCCAUUGCUACCUUCUCCUCGUUCACUUCCUCAGCGCACCACGCCCAGGCUUCAUUUCCUUCAAGACUCACAACCUUCAAAAGCCAUUCAAGUACUCUAAGAAGCCACUUUUUGACUUUGCUAACUGUUCGUUUCGAUCCAUCUGCCUGUGCUUCUGCCUGUCUGUGUAGCUGCCCUCAUUCCACUUAUCUCACCGCACUUAUCCAAAGACCACACAAAUAUAUUCAUUCACUAUUACACCUGAACAUUGGUUGUUGUUUUGGGAGUGUUUCCUUGAGAAGCACAGGAGCUGUUUAAACUGUUUGAAAUCCUUAAUAGAGAGUGUCCUUGUUCUUAUUUUGCACGCCGUUUGUUCUGCCGGUGCACAAACAUCCCUCAUAAACUCUCCUUCGUCAGAGCUUUGUGAAACAUCAGCUCUGCCUUCAUCCUCAUGUGUUGUCUCUCUGCAUGGGGGUCAUCGUCCUCUUCCCUCCAAGACUGAGACAGGAAAAAGCCUUUUCUCACAGCACUGGUGGACUGGUUAUUAUCCUCAGCCUUGUACAGUAAAAACAGAGUUUUAUUUUCUCAGUGCUUGCACCAUCCCUGCUGUAACCUCUUAGCAAAAAAAAAAAAAAAGUUUUUUCUAUUGGUUUGGCAGACCAGGUGUGUUUUUUCUUUGUGUGAAUGUGUAUAUAUUACUGAACAAAAUGGGUUCAUUUUUGCGUGCCGGUGCUUUUUCAGUGCAUGUUAUUUUACGUGUGAAUGGUUCGCUGUACGCUACAGGCAGUACUUCUUCAAAAUAAGUCCACAAGUCGCUACGCAUCCGUUUGUCUUUUUCAUGUUUCGAUUGAAAACAUUCCUCACUAGCAGUCAGUAGCACUCUGGAUGGAUCCAUGAGAUGGACACAAAGAAGGAGACGUUGAAGGAAAAAAAAAUGCUACCUGAUUUCCAUAAAACAACUUCGACCUCAUGCUCGUCUAGGACUGUUUGGAUAUCCUCCCCUCACCUGCUGUAUUCAACAUCAGUGGCACUUUAGGAGCCAUGUUGUGCAACUAGUUAGUCUCUCUGCGGACGAUUGGACUCGGCACAAAGCGCUCUAGUCACAGCUGACAAAUCAACUUUCAUCUCCGGAGUUGUUUUCGUACAGUGGACGGUUAAACUGCAGAUGGUAUUUACUUGACUGUGCAAAUUUCUCUAAGUGAGCAUGUGUGCGCGCGUGUGUGUGCGUGCGUGUGUGUGUGCGUGUGUGUGUGUGUGUGUGUGAAUAUGCGUGUGUGUUAUUAUUUGUAUGGGAUGAAGACAAUCCCAUACAUGUUAGAAGAAUGAGCCCGGACUCAUUCUCCUCGUGUGGUUAAGAACACUGAGUAUUUAUUAAAUUUAUUGUUAUUAUUGGAAAGGAUUAAUUAUUGUUAUGACGCUCUUCCUGGGAUAUCUGUAUAUAUUUGUUUAAUAUAACAGGAAAACCAAGGAAACGACUGAAACGUCCAUGUUGUCUCCAGUCUCAACUUGUGACUUUUCUGGGUUAAAUGAGGAAUAAGUGUGACAAGUGAUGAAUGAUUGCCCUGAGAGACGAAUAAAAAACAA